UCAACUUGAAGAUGAGUUUGACCAUUUUACUGAUUGUGUCGCUGUUUUGCGGCCUGAUUUUAGCCCAGGAUGAUGGUAAUACUACUAUAUUAGAUUAUCCUGAAACAGAGGAACGCUAUCCUGACAUGUGCAACCUCCUGAGAGAGUUUGGUGCAGUAAGUGAGAAAUUAAGAGUUAUGGAGACCAGGAUGAAAGAUAGUGAAACAAGGCUCAUGGACACUGAAACCCUGCUGAAAGACACCAAAACGAGAGUGAUGGACACUGAAACCCAGCUGAACGACACCAAAACGAGAGUGAUGGACACUGAAACCCAGCUGAACGACACCGAAACGAGAGUGAUGGACACUGAAACCCAGCUGAACGACACCAAAACGAGAGUGAUGGACACUGAAACCCAGCUGAACGACACCAAAACGAGAGUGAUGGUGACUGAAACCCAGCUGAAUGACACCGAAACGAGACUGAUGGACACUGAAACCCAGCUGAAAGACACCGAAACGAGAGUGAUGGACACUGAAACCCAGCUGAAAGACACCGAAACGAGACUGAUGGACACUGAAACCCAGCUGAAAGACACCGAAACGAGACUGAUGGACACUGAAACCCAGCUGAAUGACACCAAAACGAGAGUGAUGGACACUGAAACCCAGCUGAAAGACACCAAAACGAGAGUGAUGGACACUGAAACCCAGCUGAAAGACACCGAAACGAGAGUGAUGGACACUGAAACCCAGCUGAAAGACACCAAAACGAGACUGAUGGACACUGAAACCCAGCUGAAAGACACCAAAACGAGACUGAAGAAGAGUGAAACCCAGAUUCUUGAACUGAACAAAGAAAAGAAGACGGUCGUAUUCAGUGCAGCAACAGGAGGAGGAGAAAAAAAGAUUGGACCCUUCAGCACUGACACAACUUUAAUCUACAUAAAGGAGAUCACAAACAUUGGAGCCGCCUACAGUCCAUACACAGGUAUCUUUGUUGCCCCGGUUGCAGGUGUUUAUUACUUUACCAUCUUCUAUCAUAAUGGAGGGGGCUAUGGCAACAUCUUAAAGCUCUACAAGAACAGUGAGUUAGUGCUCCUGACCCAUGAUUACGGUUCAUACUACUACAAUAAUGGAGGAAACGCAGUGUUCCUGCAGCUGGAGCAAGGAGACCAGGUGUAUGUGCGCCUGGUUGCGAAAUCCUAUGUUUCGGGAACAGACUAUCAUACAACAUUCAGUGGGUUUUUAGUCACUGAAAUGUGAGAAUCUGUAUCUCUGUCGUCAUUCCUGCUUGAGGGGGACUGAAAAAGAUCUGAGCUCUCUAUAAACUGAAUAUCUAUCACCAUGACAUGUUAAAAUGUAAUGAAACAAAAAACUGUUGCUCAUAGAAUCAUAAAAUCAAGACUAAAAAUGUCUUCUUCAAUCAUUGCUUUAUUAAACUCAUUAUGCUGCAAAGUUGAAAGUGAGUUUCUUGUUUUCUGUUUCUUGAAUAUCUUAAUAUAUUGAGUGUUGUGCAUUUCAAUUCAAAGCUCCAUCUCAUUGCAACAACUUCUCAACUUAGAUGUCUAACCUGCCUGAUAAUGCAUCAAUGGAAGACACAUGGAGCGAGAAAUGAAGACGUGGAGAAGGUCCCAUUUAUUCAAAUGUCAAGAAGUGCUACUUUGAUACUAGCGAACCUAUUUGUAUUACAGUAUUCAAAACUCACCUGCUUCAUCUCAAACUUGCAAAGGUGGCUCGAGUUGUAUCAGAUAGAGAUUCACUGGACUCUGUCCCUUAAAGGAUCUUGGUACAUAAAGAAAU